AUGUGCUUGCCAAAAAGCCCCACAAGCAAAUUCAACGCCAAUGGAUCCAAAGGUCGUGGAGUUACCGGGGAAACGAUGAAGUCCACGACAACUUCACCGCCCGACACCUUGAUUGUGACGGACAAUCUUCACCACAACAAUACCAACAAUCACCACUACUUUUCUCGCUCAAGGAAUCACUUUGCUGUUGACUCGCCCGAUGGUGAUCUCACGACGGGCAUCCUCAGGCAUCCAAUGGGCGCGCACCCCUGCGAUGAUGGCUUGCCCUCGAGUGAAGAGUUUAAGUCGGCGGCAGUUUUGGUGCCCCUAGAGGUCACCCAGCUCCCCACCCACUACUACUACAACCCACAAUCCCCGCAUCACGACGCGCCCGUCAUCAGGUUUGAGUCGCUGCACGACCUAGUGAUGACGCCGUCGUCUGACCUUGGCGAAGUCGGACGGAUUAUACCGGCACCAAUGCCAGACAUGACGAUGUCCGACAGUGUUGGAACGCUGCCAACACAACAUUUCUACCCAAAGGCACGAAGACAAGUAGUGAACAACAUUGGUCAGCAGAAACUCACGACUUCGUACUACACAACAAAAAAAGAUGGAGGACUGUAG